AUGGAUAUUUUGUCAUGGAUGGAUGUUGCAUUACAAAAAGCUGAGGAAUCUUUAAAAGUUGGCGAAGUUCCAGUUGGUUGUUUAUUUAUAUAUAAUAAUGAAAUAAUUGCAACUGGAAAUAACACAGUGAAUGAAACUUGUAAUGCAACUCGUCAUGCAGAGGUAAAUUGCAUUGACCAAGUUUUAAAGUUUUGUAAAGAGAAACGUGUGGAAUACGAAACAGUGUUUCGUAAUCUAGAUGUAAUUGUCACGGUAGAACCAUGCAUAAUGUGUAUGUCGGCAUUACUUCAACUACAAGUACGUAGUAUUAUAUACGGGUGUGCGAAUGAUCGAUUUGGCGGUUGCGUCAGUGUUCUCGAAGUACCGAAAUUUUACGAUUCAAAAGUAAUGAUACAAGGAAACGUUAAGAGAGAAGAGGCUAUGAGAUUGCUUAAAGACUUUUACAAGGGCGUAAAUCCAAACGCGCCUGAGUCAAAAGUCAAAAGAAAGAAAGAAACUUUGUUAACAGAGAACAAAUAAUCUUUCUACAUUUGAUAUCUUCUAUAUAUAUAUAUAUGUGUGGAACAUUUUUUAUAUAUAAUUUAAUAUAAUACAUGAAUAUAAAAUAUAUUUAUUUCCUUUUUUUAAUAAUUAGGUAAUACAGACUGCGCUCUAUAAUAUAAAAUAAUUUGGAGUCUUUUAUAAUUUUUUAUACUCUACAUAUAUAUAUGUAUUUAAUGUACAGUAUAGUAGAAAUAGAAAUAAUGGUAAAUUCAAUAUUUCUUCACGCGUUUUUAUGUACUUGUUGAUCGACUUUUUAUUUAAUAUGUUUCUACUUAUUGAAUACUGUAUAUACAGUCUUACAUAUCUGAAAUAUAUGUUCAAUAUUA